UAGCUGAUUGGUGUGUCCCUUUAAUACAAGAAAAUGGAAACUGAACAGCCAGAGGAAACCUUUCCCAACACCAAAACCAAUGGCGAAUUUGGUAAACGCCCUGCUGAAGAUAUGGAAGAGGAACAAGCUUUUAAAAGAUCUAGAAACACUGAUGAGAUGAUUGAAUUACGCACUCUGCUUCAGAGCAAGAAUGCUGGAGCAGUGAUUGGAAAAGGAGGCAAGAAUAUUAAGGCUCUCCAUACAGACUACAAUGCCAAUGUUUCAGUCCCAGACAGCAGUGGCCCCGAGCGCAUAUUGAGUAUCAGUGCUGAUAUUGAAACAAUUGGAGAAAUUCUGAAGAAAAUCAUCCCUACCUUGGAAGAGGGCCUGCAGGUGCCAUCACCCACUGCCACCAGCCAGCUCCCGCUCGAAUCUGGUGCUGUGGAAUGCUUAAAUUACCAACACUAUAAAGGAAGCGACUUUGACUGCGAGUUGAGACUGUUGAUUCAUCAGAGUCUGGCAGGAGGAAUUAUUGGGGUCAAAGGUGCUAAAAUCAAAGAACUUCGAGAGAACAUUCAGACAACAAUCAAGCUUUUCCAGGAAUGUUGUCCUCAAUCCACUGACAGAGUCGUUCUUAUUGGAGGAAAGCCUGAUAGGGUUGUAGAGUGCAUAAAGAUCAUCCUUGAUCUUAUAUCAGAGUCUCCCAUCAAAGGACGUGCUCAGCCUUAUGAUCCCAAUUUUUACGAUGAAACCUAUGAUUAUGGUGGUUUUACAAUGAUGUUUGAUGACCGCCGUGGACGUCCUGUGGGAUUUCCCAUGCGGGGAAGAGGUGGUUUUGACAGAAUGCCUCCUGGUCGGGCUGGGCAUCCCAUGCCUCCAUAGAGAGAUUAUGAUGAUAUGAGCCCUCGUCGAGGACCUCCUCCACCUCCUCCUGGACGAGGUGGCCGGGGUGGUAGCAGAGCUCGGAAUCUUCCUCUUCCUCCGCCACCACCACCUAGAGGGGGAGAUCUAAUGGCCUAUGACAGAAGAGGAAGACCUGGAGACCGUUAUGAUGGCAUGGUUGGUUUCAGUGCUGAUGAAACCUGGGACUCUGCAGUAGAUACAUGGAGCCCAUCAGAGUGGCAGAUGGCUUAUGAACCACAGGGUGGCUCUGGAUAUGAUUAUUCCUAUGCAGGGAGUCGUGGCUCAUAUGGUGAUCUUGGUGGACCUAUUAUUACUACACGAGUAACUAUUCCCAAAGAUCUGGCUGGAUCUAUUAUUGGCAAAGGUGGUCAGCGGAUUAAACAAAUCCGUCAUGAGUCAGGAGUGUCGAUCAAAAUCGAUGAGCCUUUAGAAGGGUCUGAAGACCGGAUCAUUACCAUUACAGGAACACAGGACCAGAUACAGAAUGCACAGUACUUGCUGCAGAACAGUGUGAAGCAGUAUGCAGAUGUUGAAGGAUUCUAAUGCAAGGUAUUUUUUCUUUUUUAUAGUGUGAAGCAGUAUUCUGGAAAGUUUUUCUAAGACUAGUGAAGAACUGAAGGAGUCCUGCAUCUUUUUUUUUUUAUCUGCUUCUGUUUAAAAAGCCAACAUUCCUCUGCUUCAUAGGUGUUCUGCAUUUGAGGUGUAGUGAAAUCUUUGCUGUUCACCAGAUGUAAUGUUUUAGUUCCUUACAAACAGGGGUGGGGGGUGGGGGAGGGUGUGCAAAAACUAACAUUGAAAUUUUGAAACAGCAGCAGAGUGAGUGAAUUUUAAUUUUUGUUCAUUGUUGGUGGUUU